UAGACUUGUUGAUCUAGUACAGUGUGCAAGAAACUUUGAGCAUAUGCCAUAUGCAGCUGAGAUGAGAACAUAUGUCCUGCUGCUUAUACAAUAAUACAUGGAAAGAAGACAAGUAGAGACACACUAAACAGUAUGGACAAGGAAGUGGCAAUCCUUCCCUCUGGCAAGCAGCCCGAAUGGUAUUUCUGCACUGUAGAACAGGAACCAUGAUCUUCCAGUAUUCUUACCUCCAAAUUUUUCUACCAUUUUCGACAACUUUGAAAUACAGUCUUUUGGCUUUGGCUUUAGCAUUGUUUUUGAUUGCACUGGUUAUUUUAGCAUGGAAGAUGCACCAGUAUUAUAAGUAUAAAUCCUCCUCUAUUGUGAAAGACAAGAAGUUCAGCAAUGGUAAGAGUAUUCAAAAGAAAGGAAGCAUUCUGGUAAAGAGUCUAACUCCUGCCUUCUUAGAGACAGCAAAGGAAGAGCAGAACUCAAAGAUCCAACUCAUGCAGAAAGAAAUGGAAAAAUUAGAAGUGCAUCUAACCCCUUCACCUCCCAGUACAGAGAGUCUAGAUGACCUGGGAAGUGACACCGAUCAACCUCAUAGGUUCAGAGGGAAGCUCAAGUUUUCACUUUAUUAUAAUAAAAAGACUAUGACCUUGCUGCUCCAUGUCCUUGAAGCCACUGACCUUCCAGAACACAGCAGAGACCCAUUUGUCAAGAUAAGAUUUUUCGCCAAAGUCGAUGAUCCAAAAUCUGAAGUAAAGUCUGUUCUUCAUGAAUGUGAAACCAGAGUGGUGAAAAACAGUAGACACCCAAUAUUUGAUGAAUCAUUGUCACUAAAGGAUCACCAGUUGUCAAAUGUAAGCCUAAAACUUGAGGUGAAAGAUUUUGACAAGUAUUCAAGGCACACUCUCAUUGGAGAAUACAGGAUUGCACUAAAAGAUCUUAAAGUUUCUGAAACUAUGGAAUUUUGUGAAGAUUUGCAAGAAAAAACAAAGGAUAUCAUUGGUGAAGUCUUGAUAUCACUUAAAUGUCUCCCCACAUCACAAAAGAUAGAAAUUGGGAUACUGAAGUUCAAAACAAGUUCGCAAAGCAUCAUUCAAGAAAGAGAUGUAUAUGCCAGAAUAGACGUCUUCAGUAAUCACCAUAAGCAGAAACAUCAAAAAUCCAGUCUACGGGCAAAGUCUAAAGUGACAGUGUUCAAUGAGACUUUCCUAUUCAGUCUUCCUAAUCCUGGGAAAACCCAGUGUCUGAUUCUCAUCUCAUUGUAUGAAACUGUGGAAAGUGGAAGGAAACUCAUUGGGCAAACUUCACUGGGGAACCAGCAGACCAAAUCAGAAGACAGUCAUUGGGAUCAGAUGAUGCAGUCUCUACGUCAGCCUGUAGCAGAUUGGCAUCCAUUGUACAUAUGAAGAGACUAGACAAAUGAUGUCUUCUGUUCUUAAGAGUCAGUACAAUACUGAACGGGUUUGCAACUGUAACCAAGGACAUGAACUCUUGUAGUAAAAUUGUUUAAUCUUCUUCCCUCUUGUAUUGGAAUUCUCUUUUCUUUUACCAUCCCAAAUUAAUUUCAAUUUGCAACGGACAUCUAGAUUAAAAUUUGAAGCAAUCAGGGUCAUAAAUAAGGGUAUGCACGUGGAGCACCCUGGAGUCUGGAGAAUCACCAACAAAUUCCUAGAACACUCAGCUGCCUGGUCUCAGCCCCCUGUUCCAUGACUUUAUAAUGUCACAUGUGCUAUAGGCAGGGGUGGCCCAGGGAGCAGAUGUGCCCUGCUACAGCUCUGGAAGCAAUAGAAGGUGAAAUUGUACAUAAAUAAGGGAACAUAUUUGUCAAAAGGCAGUCAUAUAAUGCACAAGACUUUAUGAAACUGGUGUAAACGUUGGAGGUUUCCAUAAAAUAUGAAAGUUGUAA